GUUACUCGUCGGCGGUACAGAAGUUCUCCCAGACUCUGCAGUCCUUUCAGUUCGAUUUCAUUGGUGACACGCUGACGGACGAUGAGAUUAAUAUCGCCGAGUCCUUCAAGGAGUUUGCAGAGCUGCUGCACGAGGUAGAGCUGGAGAGGUCCAUGAUGGUACAGAACGCUAGUGAUUUGCUGAUCAAGCCUUUGGAAAACUUUCGGAAGGAACAAAUAGGGUUCACCAAGGAAAGAAAGAAAAAGUUUGAGAAGGAUGGUGAGAAGUUUUAUUCUAUGCUGGAUCGCCAUUUGCAUUUAUCCUCCAAAAAGAAGGAAUCCCAAUUACAGGAGGCGGACCUUCAGGUUGACAGAGAGAGACACAAUUUCUUCGAGUCCUCCCUCGAGUAUGUGUACCAGAUCCAGGAAGUACAAGAAAGCAAGAAAUUCAGUAUUGUUGAACCGGUGCUGGCUUUUCUCCACAGCCUCUUCACUUACAACAACCUGACAGUUGAGCUCACGCAGGAUUUCCUCCCGUACAAACAGCAGCUUCAGCUCAGCCUGCAGAAUACAAGGAAUCAUUUUUCCAGCACGCGGGAGGAGCUGGAGGACCUGAAGAAGAGGAUGAAGGAAGCCCCCCUAACCUGCAAGCUACCCGGGCAGCCGACCAUUGAGGGCUAUCUGUACACUCAGGAGAAAUGGGCACUGGGCAUCUCCUGGGUGAAGUAUUAUUGCCAGUACGAAAAAGAGGCAAAAACCUUACGGAUGACGCCCAUGGACCAAAAGCCUGGAGCUAAGCAAGGCACCUUAGACCUGACACUGAAAUCCUGCGUAAGGAGAAAGACUGACUCCAUAGACAAAAGGUUUUGCUUUGACAUUGAAACUAAUGAAAGGUCUGGGACCAUCACGCUGCAGGCGCUCUCGGAAGCCAACCGGAGGCUGUGGAUGGAGGCCAUGGACGGGAAGGAGCCGGGGAGUAUCUACCACAGUCCCAUCACGAAACAGGAAGAGAUGGAGCUGAACGAGGUCGGCUUCAAGUUUGUACGGAAGUGCAUCAACGCAGUGGAAACGAAAGGGAUUACCACGGAGGGCGUCUACCGGACUGUCGGCAGCAAUAUUCAGGUGCAGAAGUUGCUGAAUGCCUUUUUUGAUCCAAAAUGUCCAGGGGACGUGGAUCUCCAAAGCGGCGACUGGGACAUCAAGACGAUUACCAGCUCACUGAAGUUUUAUCUCAGGAACCUGUCUGAACCCGUCAUGACAUACAAGCUCCACAAAGAGUUGGUCCUGGCUGCCAAAUCUGAGAACCUGGAUUACAGGCUGGGAGCCAUUCACGCGCUGGUCUAUAAACUACCUGACAAGAACAGAGAGAUGUUGGAGCUCCUCAUACAACACCUCGUCAACGUAUGUGAGCACAGCCGAGAGAAUCUGAUGUCCCCGUCUAACAUGGGGGUGAUAUUUGGACCCACCCUCAUGCGAGCACAGGAGGACACUGUGGCAGCGAUGAUGAACAUCAAGUUCCAAAACAUCGUAGUUGAGAUCCUCAUCGAGCACUUCGGGAAG